UGGACGCAGCCGGGGGGCCCGGAAGUCAACAUCAUGUCGAGUCUGCACAAGAGCCGGAUUGCAGAUUUCCAAGAUGUCCUGAAAGAGCCCUGGAUUGCAUUAGAGAAGCUGCGGGAACUCAGUUUUAGUGGCAUCCCCUGUGAGGGCGGACUGCGGUGCCUCUGCUGGAAGAUCCUUUUGAACUACCUUCCCGUGGAGAGAGCCUCAUGGACAACCGUCCUGGCUAAACAGAGGGAGCUCUAUGCCCAGUUCCUGAGGGAAAUGAUCAUCCAGCCUGGCGUCGCCAAGGCCAACAUGGGAGCGUCCAGGGAGGAUGUGACCUUCGAGGACCACCCCCUCAACCCCAGCCCCGACAGCCGGUGGAACACGUACUUCAAGGACAAUGAGGUGCUGCUGCAGAUUGACAAAGACGUCCGGAGGUUGUGUCCAGACAUCUCCUUCUUCCAGAGGGCCACCGAGUACCCCUGCCUCCUCAUUUUGGACCCUCAGAAUGAGUUCGAGACCCUUCGCAAGCGAGUAGAGCAGACAACGCUGAAAUCGCAGACCGUGGCCCGGAAUCGGAGUGGGGUCACAAAUAUGAGCUCCCCGCACAAGAACUCAGCGCCCCCAGCCCUGAGCGAGUACGAGCUGCUGCCCAACGGCUGCGAGGCCCACUGGGAAGUGGUGGAGCGGAUCCUCUUCAUCUACGCCAAGCUCAACCCUGGCAUUGCCUACGUGCAGGGCAUGAAUGAGAUCGUGGGGCCCCUCUACUACACGUUCGCCACGGACCCCAACAGCGAGUGGAAAGAGCACGCCGAGGCGGACACCUUCUUCUGCUUUACCAACCUCAUGGCCGAGAUCCGGGACAACUUCAUCAAGAGCCUGGACGACUCACAGUGUGGCAUCACCUACAAGAUGGAGAAGGUGUACUCCACCCUGAAGGAGAAGGACGCAGAGCUCUACCUGAAACUGGCCUCGCACCAGCCCCCGCUCUCUCCCCAGCAAGAGCAGAAUAUCAAGCCCCAGUUCUUCGCCUUCCGCUGGCUCACGCUGCUGCUGUCCCAGGAGUUCUUGCUGCCGGACGUCAUCCGCAUCUGGGACUCGCUCUUCGCCGAUGACAACCGCUUUGACUUCCUCCUCAUCGUCUGCUGUGCCAUGCUCACCCUGAUCCGGGAGCAGUUGCUGGAAGGGGACUUCACUGUCAACAUGCGGCUCCUGCAGGAUUACCCCAUCACGGACGUCUGCAAGAUCCUACAGAAGGCCAAGGAGCUCCAGGACUCCAAGUAGCCUGGCGGCGAGAGGCUGGGUUUGGGAGAGCGGCCACUGCCCGCUGCGCUGGGCUCUGGGGUCACUGGGCUCUGGGGUCGUUGGCCCACAGGGCUGCAGCAGGUGCAGCUGCUCCAGGUCCACCUGGCUCCCGCCACCAGGCUGCACCCUCCAGAGUGCACUGCACCGUCUCCUUCAGCCACCUAGCCCUGGUGUCCUCCUUGCUCUUGGCCCUGGGACCCUGUGCCUCGGCUGCGGAGCAGGGUCAGGGGCCCUUUGAGGUGGAGGGAGGCUGGCAAAGGUCCCUCCCUGCCUCUGCUCUGCCGCCUCCCUCGUCCCUCCCUGCUUCCAGUCUUCUGGGUGCCGCUGUGUGCGUGGGGGUACUUGUCAAAUGGCCAGAAACCAUUUCUGGGGCUUGGUGUUCAGGCUUCUUCGUGGGGAGUGACACCAAAGGAGACAAGUGACCGCCAGGCCCAGGUCCCACCCGGCCUGCCCCCGAGCACGAGCGAGCACGAACGUGUCACUGGCAGGAGUUGUCCAGUCCAUCUGCAGUGUGCAGGCUGCGCUCGGGUGGGCGAGAGUGUCUUGGGUCCCUCCGGGGUCUGGCUUCCCUCUCUCUGUCUCUACCUCCGCCUCUGUUGCCCUGCGCCUCUUUCCCUGGAGGGCUGGGACUGCCUCCCCCUUCACUGCUGCCCUUCUGCCUUUCUGUCUCGGGAUGCCUUAUCUGGAGCCUCUUCCUGCCUCUCCUCCUCCACUCCUAGGAAGCCCAGAGGCAGAUGAGGAGUGUGGCUCAGCAAGGCCCCUGGGGUCUGCUUGGCCUCCACGUGCUGCCCAAGGCCGGGCUGCAGCCUGGGAAGGACUCCCAGUGCCUCUCCCGCCGCGGAGUUCUGGAAACCCAUGAAGCUGUGCACCUCCCGCCUGUUCCUGUGCAGAGGCCCCUCAGAGCCCUCCUUGCUCCAGGGAGAGGACCUGACGGCAUAAGGUGGCGGCAAGAGGUGUCGUCCACCUGGUCUCUAGGUCCCAGGAAGCCUCUUGGCCCAGGUGGAGCGGAGCCUGCGGCCUGCACCGUGCAACCAGGAGGGCCCAUGGGUCCUUGGUGUGCCUGUGCCCCGCGGGGCAGCCGCAGCCGCGGGAGCUGCCUGUGACAGGGCAGGUGGCUGGGUCUGAAGGCCGGGUACUGAGCCCACCCCACAGUGCUCUUAGCCCGGAGCCGCCUGGGCUGGGCUCUCGGAUGCGCCGGGACUCUGCACUUGCCUUCGCGCCGCUUCUCUCCCAGCACAGGACUUGGGAGGUUUUUACUAUUUAUUCAGACCCUGCCUAUUUAUUGCGGAUUGGCAAGUGCUUUGGGGAUGGGAGAUGGUGGUCGGCUCAUUCCCCCAGGUCAGCGUGGACAUCUCUCCCUCCGCUGCCUCGGGGCCUCCUGGAUUCCCACUAGGUCCUGGUUGGGAGGGUUGCGAGCUCAGCUGGAGCUGGAGUAAGGGGACCAGGGAACUUGUGUCCCGGCCGGACCCAGAGCUCAGGACGGUGCGGACAGUCCUGCCAGCGGGCUCCCUCCCGCAGCUCCUCAGCGGGUGGCUCUGACCUCCACAACCUGAGCUGUGGGCCGCCCGACCCAGCAGGUUCUGCCCCGACACCCCGUGUGUUCCCUCCGGCCUGUCCCUGGCUUCCUUCUUGGGACCAUGCUACUUGAAUCACGGCAUCUGAUUGGCCCCAGUGGGGGAGCCGAAUCCAGUGCCCUGUCCCGCGCCUCUGCACCAGGCAGAGCUGCUCCUCCUCGGGAUGCUGCCUGAUGCAGGAACCUGGCCUGGCUGAUUCUGCCCAGGAUUCUUGGGGUCUGUGGAGUUGCAGUGCCCGAGGCUUCCGCGGAGAGCUGGAGCUGCCCCCCACAGGCAGGCUGAGCGGUGUGGAGCCGCAGUUCUCAGUCCAGAAGGUCAGCGUCAGUCGGCUGUCGUUUCGUCUGUUUUGUUCUCAGAAUCAGUGCUGUUGAGUUGUCUUUAAUAAAUCCUGUGUUCUUUGCAGUGGGCGUUGUUGCUGUGAGGGGCUGACACAGGGAUAGGAUGGACCGGAGCCUCCUAGAUGGGCUCAGAGGAAGGCCAGGGCGCUCUCCUGCUAAGCCACAGUGCUGCCGCUGGGG